AGCAUCCGUUCUUAAUUUAUUAAUAAUGAAAUUUUUUGUGUUGUUGUUGUGCAUUUUAUUUGCGGAUUACACAAGAGCGCGUUACGCGCGUUGCAUCAAUCCCAAUCAACGCGCCGGCCUUUGUGUGCAGAUAAAUGAGUGCCAGACUCUGUAUUCGGUGCUGCAGCAGUCGAGUCUGUCGACCACGGAGAAGCAGUUCAUUAGAGAGUCAAGCUGUGGAAUGGGCCAAGAUAAUCGUCCAUUUAUCUGCUGCACUCGAGAUACUGGCUACACGCGCAGUUACCGUGUGACGCCCAACUUUGCCGACUAUCCGGACUUUAGUGACCUCAGCGAGGGCUACGAUUUCGGUUGGAAUCGUGCUACUAAUACCCCAGCGCCAACCACACUGCUCUUUCCCAGCGAUCGGCGACCCUGGAGCUUUGGCGAGGAGCAAAGCGCCGACAGCAGUCUGUCGCAGAGUCCGGGCCGUCAGAGUCAGGGUCGACGCCAGCCACAGCAGGUGGAUGGCUCGGCUCUGUUGCCACAGCCGCCCGCCUGCGGGGGUGUCACCAUUGACAACAAGAUCUAUGGCGGCGAGGAUGCCGAUCUCAACGAAUUCCCCUGGAUGGUCCUGCUCGAGUACAGACGCCUUGCCGGCAACGGACUCUCAACAAGCUGUGCAGGCACCUUGAUCAAUCAGCGCUAUGUGCUAACCGCUGCCCACUGUCUAGUGGGACGGAUCGUGCGAGAAAUUGGACCACUUGCCUCGGCGCGUCUGGGCGAGCACGAUACACGCUCCGCAGUGGAUUGCCCGAGAGGCGGCGGCCCCUGUGCGCCGGCUGCCCAGCGCUUGGGCAUUGAGGAGGUGAUCGUCCAUGAGCUGUACAAGGAGCGGACGCCGAAUCAGCUGCACGACAUUGGAUUGGUGCGGCUGGAUCGAAAUGUGCACUACUCGAGCAGCAUACAGCCAGCCUGCCUGCCCUCGGUGGUGGCGCCGGAAACGAAGAGGGCGGGACAACAGUAUACGGUCGUUGGCUACGGCCGGACCCUGCAAACAGCACGUAGUCCGAUCAAGCAGAAGCUAACCGUUAACUUCGUGGAGCCGGCGCAGUGUAAGCGUAAAUUUUCGGAGCGUAAGAUCAGCAUAAUGCCCACACAGAUGUGUGCGGGCGGGAAAUAUGCGCAGGAUAGCUGCGAUGGUGACUCCGGCGGACCGCUAUUGCGGUUCCGUGACAAUGCCUGGGUGCUGGAGGGCAUUGUCUCGUUUGGCUACAAGUGCGGCUUGAAGGACUGGCCGGGCGUCUAUACCAGCGUCGCGGCCUAUGACAUCUGGAUAAAGCAGAAUGUGAGAGCCUAACGAGAGCAGCGCUCGCCCUAAAACUAAAGCUCGAAUUGUGAUCUUGCCAACAUACUCGUUUAUACAUACAACCAUAUCAAUAACAUAUUUAAUAUUAGUCGUAAGUGUUUUAGCCAAAAUA